UAAGGCAAUAAGGAGUAUAGGAAAAAGAAGGAAGCUCCAGUUGCAAGCAAGCAACCUUCGUGUAACAGCAUAAGUUGAAUUUUGUUGAACAUAUGCUAUAGGUUUUGUUGGCGUGGCAGGUGUAUUUUUGUAUACACAAACAAGGUAGAGAGGGGUAUUUAUAGCUGGAGCUGAGGAGGCACAACGUGAGCUUUAUUAGCCCCCAUAGUCGGAGGAUAUCCAGGACACAGAAUAGCAAAAACGAAAAUCGAAUUAGUUCUUACGUGACAUUUGUUCCGAGAAGAAGAAUAAAAGUUAAUUUUAAGUUGCAACAAGAGAGUACUCACAAAAUGGUUCAUAAAACCACCACCAACAACACUGCCACUACCAUCAGCAAUAAUAAUAACAACAAUUUCAAUGAGGAUACUGAAAAUUGUAAUCCCAACAAAAUAAAUCCCCUAAACAACAACGCCCAGCAAAAUAAUGAUGACCAGCAGCAACAGCAAAAAGACCCCCCAAAUACGACUUAUUGCAACCGAAGGACUUGGAUAUCAGUCGAACGAAUGAACAGUCUUCGAAAGUUGGCCCAAGAAGCCGUCCACUCCAACAAAACCUUCACCAUUCGAGGGUGUUUCAACUCAGUAAGGAAUGCUUUGACAGCCCGAGGAUGGGUCGAGAAAUUGGAUGUGCACCGGAAACACAUACCAUCGGGAACGUGUCAAGUGACCUACGAGGACAUCGCCCAGAACUUGCCCAAACGUAAAUUCAGUGAGUCCCGUCGUCAGUACAUCCUCAAGUGCGAACGUAGUAUUCUAUCAAGAUUCCUUGAGCACGUUCCCAUUGACUUCCUUUGGACGGCCCGCAAGGAAAAAUGUGACUACAUCGAUUUGGCCAAGAAUCCCGUAAUGAUGAUAAAUAAAAUUCAGCGUGUUCCCUUCACCUCCAAGGAGGGUUUGUGUAGCAAUUUGAAGGACUUUCAUUGGUUCUAUGAAGAGGGUAUUUCGGAGCUCUUCUUCCCUCGCUGCUUCAAUGCCUGGAGCCCCGAGGAACUGGCCGAGUUUAUAGACAAUUUCAAAAUCACCGCAUGCAUUUCGUUCAUCAAAUGGAUGGUCGAUAAGUUCACAGAAACUGGCUACGAUGGUGUGUUUUCUGCCUCCGGCAAGGUUCCUUUCAAUGCAAUUGAAUUUGCAUUCAAACGAUGCAACGAGUAUGUGGAUGCGUGCAAUCAUCAAGACAUUGAUUUGGAAGAGCUACCGCAUGUGUGGGAGCACGACUGGGAUGCUUUUUUGAGCCAGCAGCAUUUGUUGGCCAAUCAGAAUGGGCGUAUUUUGGCCGAUCCACAGAGACUGGUGGAGAAUUUGAUCAAAACGGGAAGUUGUAUUUUGGAGAAUGUGAAGAAGAAUUGGCCACAAUAUUGCUUGGACGGGUAUCAGAAUAUUUGGAUUAUUAAGCCGGCGAACAAGUGUCGGGGCAGGGGGAUUCAGUUGAUGGAUAAUUUGAAAAAAAUCAUGGGAGUCAUCAAUCCUUCGGUGGCUUCGAAAAGCAGAUUUGUUAUACAGAAAUAUAUUGAACGACCCUUAAUCAUCCACAACACCAAAUUUGACAUCCGUCAAUGGUUUCUCAUAACAAAUGUUCAGCCUUUAGUCGUUUGGAUGUACAAAGAAAGUUACGUUCGAUUUAGUUCCCAGGAAUACAGUCUCAGUAAUCAUCACGAAUCUGUUCAUCUCACAAACCAUGCAAUUCAAAAGAAAUACACAAAUGGAAAGCGCGAUAAACGUCUACCAACUGAAAAUAUGUGGGAUUGCUACUCAUUUCAAGCUUACCUUCGUCAAAUUGGUAAAUCGGAAAUGUGGGAGGAAAGAAUUUAUCCUGGAAUGCGAAAAGCUAUAAUUGGAACGGCUUUAGCUUCGCAGGAUAAUAUUGAAAGAAGACAAAAUACAUUUGAAGUCUUUGGAGCUGAUUUUAUGGUCUGUGAGAAUUUCUAUCCUUGGCUAAUUGAGGUCAAUGCAAGUCCAGAUUUUGGAGCGACAACAAGUGUCACGGCAAGAAUGUGUCCACAAUGUUUGGAAGAUGUUGUUAGAGUUGUAGUUGAUCGAAAAAACAUGCCCAAAGCCGAUACCGGAAAUUUUGAAAUGAUCUAUCGCCAAGUGAUUCCUCCUUCGCCAGCCUACAUGGGACUCAAUCUCUCGAUAAAAGGUAAGCAGCUUCUACCAAAGACAGCUUACCAACAACAAAGAAUUCGUCGAGAACGAGCUGCUACUACAAUACAAUAUCGUCGAAUUCUUCAAUCAACUGCUCAAGUAAAUCCACUUAGUGUUCCUGUGACAAAUCUCAAGGAAAUGCCAACAUUCAAUGCAACAGACAAUCUGGAAAGGGUCUUGCAAACUCGAGCUUCUAAACGAAUUGAAGCUAUUUUAGGAAUCAGUCCAAGAGACAAAGACAAACUUUCCAUUCUGAAGGAUCAGUUAUUGAUGAGUUCGAAAUACACCAGUCCGCCAAAAUAUCAAGGCCAAAAUAAUAUUGAGGCUUACCGAAAUGCUCUUAAAUCAGGACCAGUUGCUUCAGUUCAAUCUCCAAUUACACCAAAAAAACGUCCGAAUCUUCGAAGAAAUUGUGACCAACGACCAAUGACCGAAGCAGAAGUCUUUGAUCCAAAAAGUUGCUAUAGUUUGAUAACAUCACCAAAAAUAGCAGUUAAUAAUAAUCGAAAGAAUGAAAUUGCUAAUUUACUGUGUUCAAGGUCAGAAGUCCAUCAAGGAAGAUCACGCAAAAAUUCUGUAUCAAAAACAUCGAAAAAACAUCGAUUUUUGAGCACUCAAAGUGUUGUUGCUAAGAAGCAACAAGUUGCUGAAAGAAAUACGAAAAAGAGAAAAGCUUCAUUGGAAUUACCUUCGACAGACAUUAAAUCAUUCCAUGCUGUUGGAAAAGGUUUCCUGGCAUGGAAAGCCAAUCACAAAUUGAAUAGAAGUGCACCAUUGAUAGUUUUAAAGAAGGAGGAUAAGACUUCUAGAAGAUAACCUGCCUUAAUCAAGCUAUACAAAAGAUUUCAGUGCUUAAAUUGAAAGCUUAUAUUGUCAAUUAUUGUUAAGUUUAAAGUAAAUUUUGUUAAA